GGAACCACCCCAGAGUCCAGUGAAUUUUGGUGCAGGGACAGGAGUGCCAUUCCACUGGCAUGGAGCAGGAUAUUCUGAAGUUAUAUACGGAAGGAAGCGCUGGUUUCUUUACCCACCGGGAAAAACACCAGAGUUUCACCCAAAUAGGACCACACUCUCUUGGAUGUUGGAUACUUACCCGAAUUUAUCAGAAUUGGACAAACCCAUGGAGUGCACCAUUCACCCAGGCGAGGUGUUGUAUUUUCCAGAUCGUUGGUGGCAUGCAACCCUUAAUAUCGACACCAGCGUCUUCAUUUCCACAUUUCUAGGAUGACUCUGUAGAACUCAAAUUUAUAUGACUUGUAAUUUGAAACCCUAAACCUUCCAACACAACUUCCCCAAAUGGGAGCAGCAAUGAAUGGAAUUGGAAAAAGCCACUACAGUCCAUCUGGCUGGGAUAUGUUCAUGACAUCAAUUAUGGUUACUAAGAAACCUUUUUUAACCACAUCUUUCUAAGAGUCUGUGCUCCCCUUUUCAUAUUGAGAGAGGCAGGAUUGGUUUGGUGUGGGAAGGAGAAAACUUGGAUAAAGUUUCUAAUGGUCUUUGUUUGGGUCAGGAAUUUUGCUCAUAGCACAGAGGCAGAUUAAAUCCUUUUGACUUCUAUAGAUUCUAUUAAUUACACUUAAUGAAGCAAAAUUGCUGCAGCUAAAUACACAGGUCAGAAGAGACCCUUAAGUGAUGUCAACAAUAUCUAUUCAGAUGGCAGUGAAUACUUGAAGAAAAUACUAGUCACUAUUAAUAUGCAUUUAUGAUUAGUCCUCACUUAAAGUCACAAUUAUCGGGAACACCAACUGUAAAUGAGGCCAGGUUUCCUACAUAAAUCUGUUAAAAUUAGUUAGGUUCCUUCAGACAUUUUUUUAACUGGAAAAAGGUGUACAGAUUGAAAUACUGUUUAUUUUUAUUCCUAGCUGAAAUAACUUAAAAUAAAUUACUAAAUAUAAAAGUUAGUGUUCAGUUUAGGUGCAUUGAUCUUAGCAGAAAAAAAAUCUACAUUCCUAAAUCCCUAGAUUUAAUUAAAUCUUUAAAAUGAAAUAAAUUUAAAAAUAAAUACUCUACAAUGGUUUUAUUUCUCUUGUGCAAUUUUAACAUAGUGCUGGACAAACUGGCAGCAUCUGCAGACAGAGAAACAGUUAACGUUUCAAGUCCCAUGACUUCUUUGGAACACGGGAUUCAUGGAGUUUAGAAGAAUGAGAGGCAACCUGAUUGAAAUGAGAGAUUCUUAAGGGGGUAGAUGUGGAAAAGUUGGUUCUGCUCAUGGGAGAGCCUAGUACUAGAGGGCAUAGUCUGAGUAAGGGAUCUCACAUUUAAGGCACGGAGCUCAAAACAUUAACUGUCUUUGUCUCCACAAAUGUGCCAGAUCUGCUGAGUUUCUCUAAUAUUUUGCUUUUAUUUCACAUUUCCAGCACCUGUAAUAUCUUUUAUUGACAAAAGCUGAUCAGCACAGAUGGAACUACUAGCACCAACCAGCUUUUUCUACUAGGUAAAGGCCAGAACUUCAGUGCAAGUUCAAAAUGGGAGCUGGGAGAGUUAGUUUUUGAGAAGAUUUGUAGCUCAGGUUGUGGAUGAAGCUGUAGACUUGCUCGCUGAGCUGGUGUGUUUGGUUGCAGACGUUUCGUCACCCUGUUAGGUAACAUCAGUGCGCCUCUGGUGAAGCAUUGGUGUUCUGUUCUGCUUGUUAUUUAUAAGCCUCUGUUUGCUGCUGAUUCUAAUCACCCAGCAAACAGGACAGAACACCAGUGCUUCACCAGAGGUGCCCUGAUGAUGUUACCUAACAGGGUGACAGAACAUCUGCAAUCGAACACUGGCUCGGCGAGCAAGUCUACAAGAAAAGGAGUUACCCAGGACAGGUGAGUUUUAAAUAGAAUUAAAUUUCUUUGGUAACUAUUAAGACAAGUCACAUGGAUCUGACCCAAGCCAUUUUUACAGGACACUGAAGAAUCAGGAGUUAGCCAUUGGAAGUUUAAAGUUCCCACUUAGGUCUACGAUCUGAUUACUAGAGAAUUAACCAUUACCACCUAGUUUGUGAAUAUUUCUUCAGAAUAUUUUUUCUGACUUUAAGAAAAUUAAAUACAUUCAUUGCUGUGAACAGGAACCUGGUGGGAUUCAUUUAAAAAUAAGAUAUGCCUUCAAUGUGCAUAUAUAAUUCUAAAAAUGCUGCCAGAGCUGAAUUUCUGUUUUUGUUUAAAAUGAUGUAAUGUUGAGUGACUUGUAUUUUUUAGUAAAUUAUUAUUAGUGAUCCCUGAGUUGAUCAAAUUUCAGUUAUCCAAAACUGAUCAUAUCCAGGAAUAGAGAUAACAAGGUGUGGAGCUGGAUGAAUACAG